AUGCCGAUCAACCAACCAUCCAACCAGAUCAAGCUGACCAACGUCUCGGUCGUCCGCCUCAAAAAGGGCGGCAAGCGCUUCGAGAUCGCCUGCUACAAGAACAAGGUGCGCGAGUGGCGGACAGGAGUCGAGACCGACUUUGACGAGGUGGUGCAGAUCGAAAACGUCUUUUCCAACGUGUCCAAGGGCGCCCUCUCGCCCUCGGACGACCUGCAAAAGGCGUUUGGCACCACCGACACAAAGGAAAUCAUCCUCCAGAUCCUCAAAAAGGGCGAGCUGCAGGUGGGCGAAAAGGAGCGCAGCCACGAGCUCAGCUCGACCUGGAGGGACAUUGCCACCCAGGUCGCCGAAAAGUGCGUCGACCCGGCCAGCCAGCGGCCGUAUACCGUCGGCAUGAUUGAAAAGGCCAUGCACGAGGUCCACUACAGCGUCAAGACGGGCAAGAGCGCAAAGAGCCAGGCGCUCGACGUGAUCCGCCUGCUGCAGGAGAAAAAGACGAUCCCCAUUGAGCGCGCCAAGAUGCGGGUACGGGUGACGAUGCCCAACAAGGACGGCAAGAAGAUCAAGGACAAGGUCGUCGCCCUUGUCGAAAAGGUCGAGGAUGAGGACUGGUCCGACGAGUGGGAACUCAUUGCGUCCAUCGACCCGGGUGCGCUGCGGACCAUCAACGAGCUCCUCGAGGCCGAAAUCAAGGGGCGCGGAAAGGUCGAGACCCUCAACUUUACCACAGUCAGAGAGGCAGACGGCGACGAGAGGCUCGAAUAG